AUGGAGAACGGGGGAGAAGCUAGAGAGGGAGGAAAUGGACAUGAGGUGAUAAUCGGUGGUAGUUGUGGUGUUGUCGGAAAAAUAGAGGGCAUAGUGUUUGAAACUGAACUAGCUGAGCAAGCUAUAGAACCGUAUAUAAAUGAAAAUGUUAACACAAAUGAUUUUGUGGAAGCAACAUGUGAAUCUGAAGAACUUAACGAUUUCGGUGUGAACAUUAAAAUUGAUGAAGAUAAUGUUAAUGAUGAAAGGAUAUUGAGAAAGAUCAAGGAUGACUAUACAAAAUUCAACGAUGUUGUUGUGUUUGAUGUCACUUAUAUGACUAAUAAAUUCAAGAUGCCUUUUGCUCCCUUUACUGGGGUGAAUCAUCAUGGGCAAUCUAUACUUUUUGGUGUAGCAUUACUUGAAAAUGAAAAGGAAGAGACAUUUGAAUGGUUAUUUGAACAUUUUCUCAAAUGUAUGUUUGGCAAGAAGCAAGAAAUUGGGCACCUUCGAUCGUAUGUUUCCUGCUACAAUGAUUUUCAAGAGACGCACAUACACCGGGUAAAUAGUGACACCAUUGAACAAUUUGAAGCAACAUGGGAAGAUAUGUGUAUUAAGUAUGAAUUGGAAAGCAAUUAUUGUCUUAGUAACAUGUAUAACCAACAUAUACAUUGGGCUAAACCCUUCUUAAAGGAUAUUUUCUUUGCUGGUAUAACCACAACCAGACGAAGUGAGAGUAUCAAUUCAUUUUUUGAUGGAUUUGUCAACUCGAGGACCAUGUUGAAUGAAUUCGUUGUACAAUAUGGCAAAGUAGUUGAGUCACGAAGGGCUUCUAAAGAAGAUAAAGACUUCAAGACUAUGAACUCGAGACCGGUUCUUUCUUCAGUGCAUCCAAUCGAAGAAAAAGCAGCCGCCGCCCCCUUUCCUACGAUUUCCGGCGCCACCUCCUUACCUGUUGAAGUUGGAGCACCCGUCAUCAACCACCAAGAAGCCACCGACGUCGUUCUUCUGCCGAAGAAGACGAAUAGCUACCACUCGUCGUUGAUUCAGUCAUGGAGGCAGUUGUUGCCCGUGCUAUAUCGCACCUCUUCUCCUCCACCUUCCUUCCAUAGUGCAGCGCCGCUGAUCGCUAGCGUUGCUGUCGUUUGUAAGCUCAACCCUCGUCGUCGUUUCAUUGGUGCUACAUCCUAA